AACACUUGUGAUUCUCAAUGGAGAGUGAGCGCACAGCUUCAUGAUGAGAACCAGCCCCCGUCGGCCACUGAUUCUCAAAAGACGGAGGCUGCCCCUUCCUAAUCAAAAUGCCCUGGGCGAAGCAUCAGAGGAAGAAGCAACGAGAUCCCCUGCCCAGCAGGAGCCUGCUCAAGCCCAGGCCUCCCGGGAGGUGGCAGAGUCCAGUGCUUGCAAGUUUCCAGCUGGAAUCAAGAUUCUCAACCACCCCACCAUGCCCAACACACAGGUGGUAGCCAUUCCCAACAAUGCUGACAUCCAGAGCAUCAUCACAGCUCUAACUGCCAAAGGGAAGGAGAGUGGCAGCAGUGGACCCAACAAGUUCAUCCUCAUUAGCUCUGGGGGGACCUCGUCUCACCCUCCUGGACCUCAGCCUCAAGCCCAAACCAGCAAUGAUUCCCAGAGGACAGACGUGAUCACCGAGACACUGGGACCAAAACCAGCAGCUAAGGGUGUGCCUGUUCCCAGGCUACCUGGAGCCCUUCCAAGGCAAAGACAGGAAAGCUGUGCUGGCACUGAAGCAGCAGGCUGCAUGCUGGACAGCAGCUUAACCAAUAUUCAGUGGCUCGGAAAGAUGAGUUCUGACGGGCUGGGCCCCUGCAGCGUUAAACAGGAGAUGGAAGAGAAGGAGAAUUGUCACCUGGAGCAGAAUCAAGUUAAGGUUGAAGAGCCCUCCAGAACAUCAACAUCUUGGCAAGACUCUAUGUCUGAGAGGCCACCCUACUCUUAUAUGGCCAUGAUACAAUUCGCCAUCAAUAGCACGGAGAGAAAGCGUAUGACCUUGAAGGAUAUCUACACUUGGAUUGAGGACCACUUUCCCUAUUUUAAGCACAUUGCCAAGCCAGGCUGGAAGAACUCUAUUCGUCACAACCUUUCUCUCCAUGACAUGUUUGUUCGGGAGACAUCUGCCAAUGGCAAGGUCUCUUUCUGGACCAUUCACCCAAGUGCCAAUCGCUACUUGACAUUGGACCAAGUGUUUAAGCCACUGGAACCAGGGUCUCCACAAUCGCCCGAGCACUUGGAAUCACAGCAGAAACGACCCAAUCCUGAGCUCCGUAGAAAUGUGACCAUCAAAACCGAACUCCCGAUGGGCGCCCGGCGAAAGAUGAAGCCACUGCUCCCGCGGGUUAGCUCAUACCUGGUGCCCAUCCAGUUCCCAGUGAACCAGUCCCUGGUGUUACAGCCCUCGGUGAAGGUGCCGUUGCCUCUGGCAGCUUCACUUAUGAGUUCAGAGCUUGCUCGUCAUAGCAAGCGAGUCCGCAUUGCGCCCAAGGUGCUGCUAGCCAGCGAAGGGAUGGCUCCACUUCCUGCUGCAGAACCAGCAAAGGAGGAGAAGCCCUUGCUAGGAGAAGGGCUGUUGCCUUUGCUUCCUGUCCAGUCUAUUAAGGAGGAAGAGAUCCAGCCUGGGGAGGAGAGGCCUAUCAAAGUGGAGAGCCCUCCCUUGGAAGAGUGGCCCUCUCCGUGUGCAUCCCUGAAAGAGGAACUGUCCAACUCCUGGGAAGAUUCCUCCUGUUCUCCUACCCCAAAGCCCAAGAAGUCCUACUGUGGGCUCAAGUCCCCAACCCGGUGUGUCUCAGAAAUGCUGGUGACUAAGCGGAGAGAGAAGAGGGAGGUGAGCCGGUCUCGGAGGAAACAGCACCUUCAGCCACCCAGUCUGGAUGAGCCUGAACUGCUCUUCUCAGAGGACCCCAGCACACUGCAGCCAGCCAUGGAACCCCUCCUCCUGGCAGAGUCUUCAGAGCCUGCGCCCCAGCUCAGCUGCCCUGCAGAGGAGGGAGGACCCUUCAAGACCCCCAUCAAGGAGACACUGCCCAUCUCCUCCACUCCUAGCAAGUCUAUACUCUCCAGAGACUCUGAGUCCUGGAGGCUCACACCCCCAGCCAAAGUUGGGGGGUUAGAUUUCAGCCCAGUACGAACCCCCCAGGGCACCUUUGGUCCGUUGCCUGACUCCCUGGGGCUGAUGGAGCUGAACACUACACCUCUGAAAAGUGUUCCCCUCUUUGACUCACCCCGGGAGCUCCUCAACUCAGAACCCUUUGACCUUGCCUCUGACCCAUUUAGCAGCUCCCCGCCCCCCCAUGUGGAGGUCCCCAAGCCAGGCUCUCCUGAGCCACAGGUUCCCAGUCUCUCAGCCAACCGUUCUCUCACAGAAGGCCUGGUCCUGGACACAAUGAACGACAGCCUCAGCAAGAUCCUUCUAGACAUCAGUUUCCCUGGCCUAGAGGAUGACCCUCUGGGCUCUGACAACAUCAACUGGUCUCAGUUCAUCCCUGAGCUUCGAUAGAGGCCGGGCCUUACCCUUGCUGCCCAAGCUGCCUGCUCCUGGCACGUGUGUGCCUGGAUAGUGCACGGCUCGGUGUACCCCAAGCUGUCUGAGAGAAGCUAUGAAGCAAGGGCUGAGCUGUGCCCCUUGACCUAAUUAUGCCAAGAUGACAGUCACAUCUAAGCCACUGCUGAGACCUAUGCAAGCAAUAGAGUCUCCCAGAGAGUCUGAGUUUCUCCUCUGCUGGCAGUUGAAGGGUGGAUGUGACGAAAGCAGUGAUGAUCAGGAAGUACCCGUUAGUCACCCACUGCUCCUGGCAGGGUAACCUUGUAAAUGGUGUAA